GCCACCCAUGGGAACCAAUUCACCAAAGACCUUGAGAGAGGAUUGAGUGAGAGUCCAAAAACAGUCAAGGCAACUCAAAAACUGAAUGAAGUUAAGAACGAAGCACCAUCGACCAACAAUAUAUCAGAUGGCAAAGAAAAGAUUAAACCUGGAGAUGACGCAGGCAUGCCUGGAAUAGAAGAGAACGACCCCGCCAAAGGAGAAGAUACGCUCACUGCUUUGAAGAAGCCACUUUUUUCAACUUCUCAAAAUCAACAGCGUGGUGAAAAUGUUUACACAGAAAAAACCCAUACUCUAAAUCGGGCUCCAGGUGCAGAUGAGGGUAACGCUGACAAUGUAAACCAGGUACCAUCGAACUACCUUCAGCGGGCAAUUCCUGAUCACCCGUUGGACGUUCAAAAAACCAAAAAACAACUUGCAAAACAGACUUCCAAGGAGAGGCUCAAUGACUUUCAGAGAAUGAAGCAAAGCCGGUUCUUUGAUGAGAACGAGUCCCCCGUUGAUCCUCAGCAUGGAUCUAAACUGGCGGAUUAUAAUGGGGAUGAUGGGAAUGUGGGUGAGUAUGAGGGAGACAAGCAGGCUGAGCUGGCCUACAAUGAGGAAGAGGAUGGUGAUGGUGGUGAAGAAGACAUCCAAGAUGACGAGGAGAGAGAACUCCAAAUGGACCUGGUGGACUAUGGGAAGCCACGCUUUAAUGAGGUCCUCUAAAGCCCCGGUGGCUUUCUUCGGGGAGAUUGCGCAAGUCCUCAGCGCUCGGUGCAGAAGACCCCGGAGACCAGAGACCGUGCGCUGUUUGACCUGGAACCUUGGGAGGAAAAGGUAAAAUGCGGCGAUGUGCGUGUGGUGGGUUCCAGCCCUUUGCCAAUCAGAAGAUGAGCAGUGGGUAGAGUUACUGGACUGGGCUGCAAGACUGUUCUUUAUAUGUAAUCUUUGUGUUAAUAAUUAACAUUGCAAAAUAAUUGUACGUUUCUGAAAUAAAGUGAACGUGUACAGUUUGUAUCUCAUACAUAGUCAUGACUUCAUUGCAGAAAAAAAUAUAUAUAGAUGGAACUUUUAAACAGCAAUGUAUUUAAUUCAUGCAAGCAAAUUGUUUUCCCUCAUCUUGUGACUUGUAUUUUAUGGUAAUAAUUCAUUUUGGAAAAAAUAAGACUGAAGACAUGAUACGUGUUUAUGAAGGAACUUUGUUUAACACAAUUCUGCAAGGUCUGUGGUGGCAGUGAAACCAUACGGGAAGUUCGCCCUAAGAGAAUGACUAACGUUACCCAUAGCAAAUGUUUUGCAAAGUAUUCUCAUUUUAUACAUAUAUUUUUAUUAGGCUCUGAAUCGAUAAAUAGUAUUUCGAGCAUUCAAAAGCUAGUCUGCUAACCCAUGUUUUUCUUUACAGCAGUGGGCUUUGAUUGUAUGCAAUGAUAAUUUAUUUGAACUUGCUUAAAACUGCAAUGUUUGGAUCUUUUAAAUUCAUUCCUCUCUAAACCCAUUGCGUCCAGUUCCCGAGUGAUGCUCCGUGCUUUUUUAACAGAAGUGCUGCUGGAGGGAUUCUGCAUGAAUAGAAAAGGGGUCAGGCAUGUACAGCGAAGGGCACCUUCCCAUUUCCUGGGGAGGGCAGGGCCAGGUGGAUGGAGCACUUUGGGAUGUUCAGGGCAACGUUUACGUCCUGAUAGUGACAGGCUAUUAACCCAGAUGGUUUUGUCAGCCAAGGGCUACUGGGAAUAAAGUCUUUCUAAGCCCUUUACGACCGGGUUGAUCGUCUUUCACUACAGAUCGUUCCUAAUGACAGUGGUUGGGAGUGGAAAUUCCCAAUGCCGUCGCUAAGCAAUACAGUCAUAAAGUGCAAUGUGACAUGAACCAUGCUACUUAGAAUGGCAGCCUCAACAUUUCGGGUUGCCAUCAUUAAAUGAGUUCUGUGGUGGUGUUAAUUGCAAUUCACAUGGUUGCCCCUGGUAACGUCCUCCUGCCUUCCCAAGUGACUGAUUGUUGGAAGCCAGCAGUGAAGACCACAAAUAGUGACUGUAGAACCAUGGGAUGUUGCAAGGUUGUAAUUGAGUCAAUUGCCAAACACCCAGAUCGGGUGUGCUUUGACCACUGUAAGUACAAGAACCGGUUGUAAGCACCCCUUGGCUCUGUGCUGUUGUAAGCUGAGUUACUGAAUGGGUGGUUGUUAAGCGAGGACCACCUGUAUUCCUGCGCUCAGGUUAAAGUUCAUUUUUGAUGAAUAAAGUCCAUUUGUGAUCACUGCAUUACACUGAAUUUCAUUAGAAAAUUAUUCAUUUCUGAUAAAAGUCUCUACCUGGGAUUCUUUUGAGCCAUAAGAUGAACGCAGGUCCCUCAAGGGGAAUUGUUCUGCCUGCAACUUUUCUUUCUAUGCUGUAAAAAAAACCCUGCUGUGUUUACACACAAAUAUAAGGCUGAAUCUGCAGCCCUGUCCUGUUCCUCGUAACCUUCCCCUCCCCGUCUGUCUUUAUGUUAGAACUGAUGAACUGACAAAACUAUUUCCAAAGCUCGGUGUAAUUUUGUUAAUCUGCUGUUGAAACUGAACAUUUAAUAGGGUUUAAUAAAAGCUUAAUA